AGAGAGAGAGAGAGAGAGAGAGGACACUACGCAUUUAGGGAUUAACGCCUUAACGCUACAAAGCCCUACUCUGUUUCCUCUGAAUCUUUCAAACGAAUUGGAAGAAAAUGAGGUCAGAGACGGCGACAUUGAUUCUGGUGAACCUUGCCGGAAUAAUGGAAAGAGCCGAUGAGUCACUUCUCCCUGAAGUUUACAAGGAAGUCGGAGAGGCACUCCACACGGAUCCAACUGCUCUGGGCUCGCUCACACUGUUCCGUUCGAUGGUUCAGGCCUCGUGUUACCCUCUAGCCACUUACCUAGCCGUGCGUCACAACCGAGCUCAUGUCAUCGCUUAUGGGGCCUUCCUCUGGGCAGCCGCCACCUUCCUUGUCGCCUUCUCCUCCACCUUCUUUCAGGUCAAUCCAGCACCAAUCCAUUUUUUCUUCAAUUUGAAUUUUGGGCUUUGGAAUCGUGGAAAUUUUAGUUAUGUUUUGAUUUAUUGUGUGAUUAUAUAAAUGUUUGGUGGUGUUGGAUUGAUUUCCAAAUUCACUUGCCUAGCUGAUUUUUUUUUUUUCCUUGUGGGUAUUUGGGUUGGAUGUCAUUUUAAUUAUUCUUGACAAGAUUGAAUUCAAUUGCUGUUGUUUUUACUAAUAGACUUCGAGAUUGAGUAUAGCAGUAUAGGCUAUGGUAAGAUAGUGGUAGGACAAGUUUAUCAUCCUGGGCAACUGAUAUUAGAAGACAAUUUGAAGAAUGGAAAUAGGAAAGGGGAAUUAGAUUAUAUGCGAAAUCAUAAAACUAUAAUUUUGCGCUAAUUGACAGUAUAAGUAUAUUUGGUUUAGGUAUUAAGAGAUUGGAUUGGAUUUAUUUAAUCCAUUGAUGAUGUAAUACCAAGUUUGAAUUGAGUUAUAGUGACCCGGUUCAUUAUUAUCAUUUAACACUUAAUAUUAGUUAUUGAUGA